CUCCCGGAAGUUUGAUCUGGGGUCAUUUCCUGCUCCCUCUCAGUCCUGUUUCAGUAGAACCCAGUACAGAACCAGGUCUCCCAGUGAACCCAGCGUCCCCAGCAGAGAGUCUGCGGGGCGAACAGCGCGAGAGGAGGCCGGAGGUUCCGUUAAAGAACCGGAAGAACCGGGAGAACCGGGAGAACAUGGCGAAGACUUACGACUAUCUGUUCAAACUGCUGCUGAUCGGGGACAGCGGGGUCGGUAAGACCUGCCUGCUGUUCCGGUUCAGCGAAGACGCCUUCAACACCACCUUCAUCUCCACCAUCGGAAUCGACUUUAAGAUCCGGACGAUCGAGCUCGAUGGGAAGAAGAUCAAACUUCAGAUCUGGGACACGGCGGGUCAGGAGAGGUUCAGGACCAUCACGACAGCCUAUUACAGAGGAGCCAUGGGGAUCAUGCUGGUGUACGACAUCACCAACGAGAAGUCCUUCGACAACAUCAGGAACUGGAUACGCAACAUCGAGGAGCAUGCCUCUGCAGACGUGGAGAGGAUGGUUCUGGGAAACAAAUGUGACAUGAACGACAAGAGACAAGUGUCCAAGGAGAGAGGAGAGAAGCUGGCCAUCGAUUACGGGAUUAAGUUUUUGGAAACCAGCGCCAAGUCCAGCAUCAACGUCGAGGAGGCCUUCUUCACCCUCGGCAGAGACAUCAUGACGAGACUCAACAGAAAAAUGAACGACAACAACCCAGCAGGAGGAGGCGGGCCGGUUAAGAUCACAGAGUCCCGCUCUAAAAAAAGCUUCUUCAGGUGUACACUGUUGUAGGAGUAGCCUCCACUCUCACCUGCUCCUCCUCCUCCACCCUCCUCUCCCUCCUCCUCUUCCUCCUCCGGCUGCUGCAGAACUGAACCUCCCGCUCAGCCGAGGAACGGACCUGUGGAAACAUGAAGAGUCUUCAUAUUGAAUCUGCUCCUUCAGGAGCAUCUCUGCUUCUUAAUCAGCUCAGACCUCCAUCCUCUCCUUCAUCCUCACCUCCUCCUCCGCCCCCUUUAUGUGUUUUUAACUCGCCCCCUCAGAGGACGUCUGCUCUUGGAGAACUCCUCCUCGCUCAGAGAGGACAGCGUCUUGCUCUGUGAGGACGUGUUUCACUGUUUUUGUGGGUUCAGUGUUGCAGCGGCUCUGCAGGAUGGAAGGAGAGAAACUGUCCGUCCAGAGACCGGAGCCUGAAGAGGAUCUGAUCAGAUAAGUGAGAAACCUUUACAGGAACAUGAUGUGUGUCAGUCUGAUGAAUCUGCAGAGGAUCACAGGCUGCUGCGAUCACUUCUCACGUUCAUAUACACGUUUAUAUUUGAGAUGAGAGACUUAAAACAUCGUGUUAUACUCUCAAUGUGAUAUCAAAUUAAAUUAAAGAGGCGGUAUUAUGCUUUUUCAUAUUUUAGAAACAAAUAUGAAGUUAAAAUGUCAGAUGAAGACUCUAAACCUGGCCAGAGAUUCAAACUGCAAACAGCUUGUUCACAAAGUCACACGUGAUUAAGCGAGAGGGACACGAGAUUUACACAAUUUGUGACAUCACAGAUUGCUGAAUCUUCUUAAGAGCUCAGUAAGUGUAAAACUGACCAAACAGAAACAUCCUGCUCUGCUCUUUGUUGCCCGGUUACUUAGUGGUGAUGACUUUGCAGCAAAGCAACAGUGGAGGAGGCUUCCAGUCUUAAAGAGACAGAGGCUGAAAUGAAGGUUUUCAAAGACAGCAGCCUGAGAUACGUUGUGUUUUUUAAGCUGUAAAUCUUGUUAAGUUACUCUUGAAGUAUCAGAUAGACAGAUUUAAGUCUUAAGAGCGUAAUACCUCCUCUUUAAUAAACCUCUCACACAUCACUCAUCACGUGAAGCAAAUCAAAAGAAUAUCAUAAUCUGCAGAUUUUCUUUAAAGUAACAGGCGUCCUGUUUCCUCUAUUAUUCUUGAAUUAAAAUCAUUUAAGAGCUUUUUUUAAACUCAAAAGAAUUCAUAGUUUUAUAUUAUUAUCUAUCAUUUAAAUGCAAUAUUCAUAUUAUAAUUUUUUAAAUACAUGAAUGUGAAUUAUCAAUCAUUAAGCACUGAAAAUCCUCCUGGUAGAAGCUACCUUUAUAUCAGAAUCUAAAUAUACAGUAUAUAUAUUCUAUGAGACAUUUAUGAUCAGCUUUAUUUUAUUUAAAUGUCGGUAUUCGAAGCAGAACAGAAAAACAAACGUUGUUUUUUUGUGCAGUUUUUGUGCUGCUGCUUAUUUUCAGUAAUCUCUGUUGAUGUUAAUCUGUGCUUUAAAAUCCAAACAGAGACAUGAAUUAAUCCUGAAUGAAGUUUAAAGAAAGUUUAAAUGAUGUGCAGAUAAAACAAGAACAAAGAGAGACUGAACUAAACUGAUGUGAGGCGUUCACUGUCCAGUCCGACUCCGGUAACUCUUAAUGAUGACGUCAUCGAUGCCUUUUCUCUAUUUUUACAUUUUAUCGCCUCUUUUUGAAAGAAACAACCACUCGACUCUCUUUAACUGUGUUGAUUUUAUUUUUCAACAUCCAGAAGCUUUUUGAAGUCUUAUUUUUAUAUGAACCUGAAGUAUUUCUAUCGUGUCUUAAAGCGGUUUUAUUCACGUGCAGCUUCGAUCCGUCCGGACUCACACCUCUGUUAUCUGACAUCAUGAUGUUAUUAUCAUACAGGUGAAUCAGAGGAGGUCACUACAGGUCAAAUACAUCUGCAUUAAUGUGAUGGAUUAGAGAUCAAACGUUCUGCUUCCUUUAAAAGGCUGAACAAUAAUAAUCUGUGACUCUAUUAUUAGCUUUGAAUCCAUCACUGAAAUGUAAACGUAUUGAUCCCUCGUGACUGAACUGAUUCUCUGAGAUGAUUUCUUUCAUGUGAGUCAAAUUAUUUGAAACAUUUCCUGUCAUCGCCCGAGCCGUACCAGAAACACAAUUUACUCUACGCAUGCAUCAUCAUGCUGCUACUUCCUGUCACAGCUAAAAACAAACAUUUAAUUACAUUUCUUUAAUUACUUUAUUGGUCUGAUUAGAAGACGACUUCCCCCCUUUUUUGUGACUCAUUUUUGGAAGGAGACAAACAGAAGAUGUGUGUCAUUAAAGCACUUUUGGUGUUGUAUUUAAAUACUAUCAGAUAUCAGAUGAAUGGACACACCUUAGAUCUAUUUAUCAGUGACAUACUCAUCAUUUUGUGCUCUCCACUUUCCAACACGUCACUCUAUUUCCUGGCUGUUUGACAGAUGUGUAACGUCUGUGCUGCACUGAUACUCUGCCUCAGUCGUCUUCUAAACCUGUCCUACUUUUGGGCUCCGGUCACUGUGGCUGUUUUUGAAACCACCUGCGACAUACUGCGUUUGAAUUUAGUGUGUAGUCUGACUGUUCUGUUGGAUCUGGUCUACAGGAUGCUGGGUUAGGUGUCGCUGGAUUUCUGGUUUCAGAAAGCGGAAGUAAACAACGACCAAGCUGAUAGAGAAACUGCUUCUUUAGCAUCUUAUGAUUUAAAAGUUAAGAAGUAAUUUCACAGCUCCUAAAAACUGAGUUCCCCCCCUGUCAAAAAACAAUCAAUCUUUAUUUGUAUAGCGCCAAAUCACAACAAACGCUAUCUCAAGAUGCUUUUACAAACAGAGCAGAUCUAAACCACUCUCUGUUAUAUUAUUAACAAAGACCCAGAAUGAGACUCAGUCUGAUCUCAUCUUAAUCCACAAUGAGUAUUGCACCUCACAGUAUUUAGCAAGUUACAGCUGCGAGGAGAAACUCCCUUUAACAGGCAGAAACCUCGAGCAGGACCAGACUCAUGUUAGACACACAUCGGCAAAAGAAGAAGCAGAACAUUUGCGCUGUGCAUUGUGGGAAACAGUAUGUUAGGGAGACUGGUGUGAUGCAUACUGAGAUAUGUUCCUGAAUCAGGACAUCUGAGUAGUUUUGGCGUACUGCAGAUUUUGCUCUUGUUCACAUACUACAUACUGCAGUUUGGCCAAAUCAGUACAGACUGCUAGUUUAGUAGGCGGUUUCAAAAACAGCCCUUGUCUCUCCAUCUUUCACCCCUCUGGUGCUUCAGUCAUAUUCAUCACUGUUAUAAUGAAUAUUGGUAUUUAAUUACUAAACCCAGAAUCAGGUGAUCCCACUUUUACAGAUGUACUUUAAGGAAGGAAAACCUGUCCCAUGUUUGGGUCUAUACGGUCCUUUUUUUCCCUCCAUAUGUCAGACUUCUUUAAACCGCAGGAAAACCUUUGUCGUAGUUUCAAAUCCUGUUUCUGGUCCGGGCCGGGCUCCGACAGUCCCGAUGCCUUGAUUCAGAUCAUCAGAUCCACUUAUUGAGUCGGACUCCGUCAUAGGAACCUGGUCCUCCUGCUAAUCUUCGUACCACUGUGUGUUUUGUUUACAGACUCACUGCAGCAGUAUUACUCUGAUGAUGAUUAUUGUUCUUAACCUCGCCUCCAGCUGCACUUUAUGUUCUCUGUGUGUGUGUUUGAUGAAAAGGUGCUUUAACAAACCGUCCGCUCUUCACUUCUCAGUGUUUACUUCCUGUGGGUUUAGAUUAAGGAAUAGUGUUUUUGUCUUUUUACUUUCAGGUUCCUUUAUCAAUGCAGAAUAUAUUUAAUCAUUGAUCAAUCAGAGGUGUGUAUCCUCUCCUCGUGUUUAUGUUUCUUUGUAGACGUUCGUUCGCCUGGAUAAGCAACAUUUGAGAAAAGGCACGCACAGCUUUGUUUUUAUGGAUCAUCACCUAUCUUUAAUUCAAUAAUCAAUCACAGCGAUCAUCGGCCUCUGAACUGUACCGAUCUGUUUCACUGUAAAGUGUUUUAUUGUUGUUUUCUCUGCACUUUGUAACUUUGAUAAACAUUGCUAUGCAAAUACAAAACGAUUCUUAUCAGACUUUUUGUUUGUUUACGUUUCUGCGAUCUGAUGAAAUGUGUCGAUACAGAGAUUAUGAGGCUGCAGGAAAACAUCAGCAAUUCAGAUUUGUUGUUACUGACAGACUCUGAGUUUGAAGGUUUAAACAUGAAGCGAUGAUGAUUCAUGAAACAGAAGAGCAGAGACGGAGAAGUGAACAAGGACAAAUGAAGGCUCUGAACUCAGCAGCCAGAUGUUUACAGUCAUUCAUAAAGAUUAAACCACAUGACCCCUGCAUUGACCUUUGCCUUAUUAUAUGUCUUCCAUUUCCUGCUCUGUGAUGUCAUUGCAGUGUCAGCUGAUCAUCCAAUAAAAAACUUUUCUAUCACU